UCAAGAACAAUGGGGAACGGAGCUGAUAAGAAGUUCACUUGGGUGAUUAAGAACUUCUCUUCUUUCACCUCUUACGGAUAUGAACGCGUUUAUUCUGAUAUAUUCGUGGCUGGUCGCUGCAAAUGGCGUCUUCUCGCAUAUCCCAAAGGAUACAGCUCAAGUUAUGUUGAUUAUUUGUCUCUGUACUUGGUGGUUCCUAAUCAUGAAUCUUUGCCUUCUGGAUGGAGACGACACGCUAAAUUCUCAUUUGCUAUUGUUAAUCAAAACCCUGGAGAAGUCUCCCAUCUGCGAGAAUCUCAAUACGUGUUUGGUCAAAAGAACCACAGAGCGGGAUCUCACACCAUGAUUCGCCCAAAUAAAGAUUUUCUGUUGAACAAUGAACUCAAGAUUGUCGCGGAUGUUGAUGUUCUUGAAGUUGUCGGUAAUUUAGAUAUACCAGUGGAAACUACGAAGUUCGUUGAUGUCAAUGGGUUUCAAGUCCUUGCUUCACAAGUGGAAUCUGUGAACAGCUUGUUUAAAAAGCAUCCAAACAUUGCAUCAAAUGUCCGUGCAAAGAAUCCACGACUGAGAACAACAUACUUGAAUUUCCUGCUAAGCCUGACCGAGAUUCUAUGCGAGUCUCAUGAGGAACUCUCCAACAGUGAUCUGGCUGACGCAUAUUCUUCACUGACAUAUCUGACAAAGGCAGGGUUUAAGUUGGACUUGUUGGAAAAGGCUCUGAAAGAAGCUGGUGAGACGCGGAUUCAAGACAUUGAGGAAGAGUUGGCUAACUUGACUCAAAAGCGCGCGGACAUGGAUGCUCUGCUGAAGUUCUUGAAAUGA